AUGCCAGCUUGGGAGGACAUCGCCGCCAAAAAGCGCCAGGAGCUGCUCGACUCCAUCCCGCAGGAAUGGCGCAUUCCCGCGGACAAGCUGCCGCCCGACACCCAGCUUGACGUGACUGGCUUCCCCGAACAGUCUGGUUGGUUCUCGGACGAGGAGCUCGCCAUCACCAGCACGCCGGCAGCGCAGAUACUCGAGAAGCUCAAGAGCCGGCAGUGGACGUCUGAGCACGUCACCAGGGCCUUCUGCAAGAGGGCCGCCGCUGCCCACCAGCUGACGAACUGUCUCUCCGAAACCCUCUUCGACCUCGCCAUCUCCACCGCGCGCUCCCGAGACGAGCACCUCGAGAAGACGGGCUCGCUCGUCGGGCCCUUCCACGGCCUGCCCAUCUCCAUCAAAGACAACUUCCAAGUCGUGGGCAAAGAUGCCACCCUCGGCUUCGCGUCGCUGGCCGGCAAGCCCGCGGCGUACAACAGCACGCUCGUCGACAUGCUGCUGGCCGCCGGCGCCGUGCUGUACGUCAAGACGAACGUGCCGACGGCCAUGAUGAUCGCCGAGUCGGUCAACAACGUCUUCGGCCUCACGCGGAACCCGCGCAACCGCGCCCUGACCCCCGGCGGCAGCAGCGGCGGCGAGAGCGCCCUCAUCGCCUUCGGCGGCAGCCCGCUCGGUGUCGGCAGCGACAUUGGCGGCUCGCUGCGCAUCCCCGCCGCCUGCACCGGCAUAUGGACGCUGAGGCCCAGCCUGGGCAGGUUCCCAACCCUGAAGACGCAGUCCGGGCUGGCGGGGCAGGAGGCGGUAGCCAGUGUCAACGGCCCGCUUGCGCCGUCGUUGGAGAGCGUGCUGCUCUACUCGAAGACGGUCGUGGGCCUCCAGCCGUGGCUGCAGGACCCCAAGUGCGUGCCCAUUCCGUGGCGCGAGGUCGAGGUCCCGAAGAAGCUGAAGCUGGCUGUCUUGUGGCAUGACGGUGUCGUCAUGCCGACGCCGCCCGUGAGGAGGGCAUUGAAGGAGACAGUCGAGAAACUCAAGAAGGCAGGGCACGAGAUCAUCGAGUGGGAAAGUCAGGGGAUGCACGCCCAAGCAGGCAGCCUGAUUCAACGCAUGUUCCUUGCAGACGGUGGCAAAUCCGUUCGCAAGCUCUUGGGUCCGACUGGCGAACCCUUCCGGCCUGAAAUGGCCGCCUACGAAUCAGCGACGGAAUUCGGUGUCCACGAGAUGUGGCAGAUACAUAUCGAGCGGACGGAUCUACAGAAGCGCUACCUAGACCGUUGGAAUGCUGCAGAGCUGGACGGGAUCAUCUGUCCAACGACACCGUAUGCGACGGUCGAGCAUACAAAGUUCAAAUACGUUGGAUACACGUGUGUGUACAACUGUUUGGACUACUCGGCCGCAUCUUUCCCAGCCGGCAUUGCCGUAGACAGUGCACUAGAUGAGCUCUCAGCGGAAGAAAAAUCCCGAGAGCCCUUUAGUGAGUUUGAUAAGGUGACGAGGGAUGAUUAUAAUGUGCAGGCGGUGCAUGGUCAGCCGAUCAGUCUGCAAAUUGUGGCGAGAAGAUUGGAAGAGGAAAAGGUGCUAGGGAUGGCUGGUAGGAUAUUGGAAGCCUUGUGA